GCACGCAAUGUGUCUUAAGGUAGAAGGGAGUUGAGCUCACCAGGAAUCAUCUGCCACUUCAGACCCCUUGCUGCUACCUGCCAGGUGGCCCCCACAGCUGAGAAGAAAUGGUGGAUCUCCCAGUCUUCCCGGACUUCUCCCAGCGAGUUCCUCUGCCCAGCAGUGUCUUCUUCCUCACCCAUCUCCUUCUUCUCCUCCAGCCCGGAGAGCUGAACUCAGAGGAGGUCAGGGUGGUGGGCCCUGGGGAGCCCAUCCUGGCACUCGUGGGAGAAGAGGUGGAGUUCUCGUGCCACCUGUUGCCAUACCUGGAUGCCGAGGACAUGGAGAUCCGCUGGUUCCGGAGUCAGACCUCCGAUGUGGUGCACCUGUAUGAGGGGGGGCGAGAGCUCCAGAGCCGGCAAAUGGCGCAGUUCCGGAACAGGACCAAACUCAUCAAGGAUUAUAUCGUGGAUGGCAGCGUGAACUUGCAGCUCCGCGGCGUCAUUCCUGCUGACGAGGGCCUAUAUGGGUGCCGUUUCCUCUCCAGCAACUUCUCCAGGGAAGCGGUCUGGGAGCUGGAGGUAGCAGGGCUCGGCUCAGACCCUCACAUCUCCCUUGAGGGCUUCAAGAAGGGAGGCGUUCAGCUGAGGUGCAGCUCCAGUGGCUGGUACCCCAAACCCCAGGCUCAGUGGAAAGAUCAUAAAGGACAGUGCCUGCCUCCAGAGAUGGAAGCCAUUGUCCAGGAUGCCCGGGGCCUGUUCAGUCUGGAAACAUCCGUGGUUGUCCAAGGGGGUUCCCACAGCAAUGUGUCUUGCUCCAUCCAGAACUCCCUCCUGCUCCAGAAGAAAGAGUUCACCAUCCAGAUAGCAGACGCCUUUUUACCCGGAAGCUCCCCUUGGAAGAAGGCUUUCCUCGGGACUCUGGCGGGACUGCCUCUGCUCCUGGCAGUCCUCGUGACGCUGGCGCUGUACUUCCUGCAGAAGCAACGGAGGUGCCAAGAAAAGCUGAGGAAGCGGGCUGAGAAGGACAAAGAGAGACUCACAGCGGAGCGGGAGAAGCUUCAGACAGAGCUCGACUGGAGAAGGGCUGAAGGCCAGGCUGAGUGGAGAGCAGCCCAACAAUAUGCAGUGGACGUAACCCUCGACCCGGCCUCGGCGCACCACAGCCUGGAAGUCUCUGAGGAUGGCAAGAGCGUGUCCUCCUGCACAGCAGUGCCUGGACCUGUGGUGGGGGACCCCCAGCGGUUCUCUGAGCAGACGUGUGUGCUGAGCUGUCAGCGCUUCUCUGCUGGCCGCCACUACUGGGAAGUGCACGUGGGUAGGCGCAGCCGCUGGUUCCUGGGUGUGUGUUUGGCCUCAGUGCCUCGCAUGGGGCCGGGGCACCUAAGCCCAGCCAAUGGCUACUGGGUGAUGGGGCUGUGGAACCGCUGUGAGUACUUCAUCCUGGACCCACACCGCGUUGCGCUCACCCUGCGUGUGCCGCCACGGCGUGUGGGCAUCUUCCUGGAUUGGGAGGCAGGAAAACUCUCCUUCUUCAAUGCAUCAGACGGCUCCCACAUCUUCACCUUCACCCACACCUUCUCAGGGACGCUCUGUGCGUAUUUCAGGCCCAGAGCUCACGAUGGUGGUGAACACCCAGAUCCCCUCACCAUCUGCCCAUUGCCUGUUAGAAGGACAUGCCUCCUUCUAACAGAAGAAGAUGAGACUGAUACCUGGUUACAGCCCUAUGAGCCCUCGGAUCCCACCCUGGGCCUGUGGUGAGGCACUCUCUUUCCUGCCUGGGUCCUUGGCAGCUUCCUGGACACCUGACUGGGAUUUGCUCUCACGUUUCCUCUACAGUGGAGGAAACAUCACCAAAAUGUCAGCAAAGGCUAAAGACUCAGCACAGCAGAAGCAAACAAAA